UCGUAGAUCAAAGCUAGAGGGUGCGUCAUGAUUAUGAGAGGCUCACCCCAACAAACGACGGCCUUUCAAAACUUGUGACUCUGGCUUGUGGUUUGAAUUUCUUUGGAGGACGCUGGGUUGGGCUGCAUUUUUUGUAUUUCACAGUUAAUGGCUGGCUGAGUCCUCCCCUGUGUGUGUUUUCCACCCCUGGGCAAGUCUUUGCUGCCCCCUGUUGAGCACCAUGAGGCUAGCACUUUUUUUUUUUACUACCCAAAGUUUGUAAACAGGAAUCACGUGGUCUGAAACCAGCCCGGCAACUCUGCCAUUCCAGUCUGGGGAGGGAGGAGUUGUAGGUGUGUGUUCCUUGCUUGGCUCAGAGCUUAGAGGAAAGCUCCUCACAGGGCACCCUGACUACAGUGUUGUGUAAGGUUCGUCGCCGGAUCGGGUCUAGGUGAGAGUAACCUGGCAGGAUCCUCAGGGUCACCGUAGUUCAAGGCUAUCCCAUUGAACCCGAGUGUACAGCCCUCCAGAGUGGAUUCGCUACCAUCGCUACCAUGGCAGGUCGGCAGCUGUCUGGUCCCUGGGGAUUCUGCUCUAUGACAUGGUCUGCGGAGAUAUUCCGUUUGAGCACGACGAAGAGAUUGUCAAGGGCCAAGUGUUCUUCAGGCAAAGGGUCUCUUCAGAAUGCCAGCAUCUCAUUAGAUGGUGCCUGUCCCUGCGACCCUCAGAUAGGCCAUCCUUCGAAGAAAUCCAGAACCAUCCAUGGAUGCAGGAUGUCCUCCUACCCCAGGCAACGGCCGAGAUUCAUCUGCACAGCCUGUCAUCGACACCCAGCAAAUAGCAGCCUUUCAGUCAGACCCUCGGGGGAAGGAGAGCUUGUCUCUGGCUUCCUGCAGGGACAGUAGUGACAACUCAUUGCAGACUCCAGGACCCGGGAGCAGCCUCCCACAGGAAAAGAGACUACUAUACUUGUCCUGGGCCUCUCUUCCCUGACAUAGACUCUCUCACCGUGGAGUCUAGUGUUGC